UUGCACUAGGAAACGAGUUCUUCCUCAUGUCUGAUCUGCAGGGUCUGCGCUGAGUCAGUGUUGGUGUAGCGGUUCAUAUUUAGGUUUAUUGUUUUAAAAAAUUACGAACGACAGUGUGAACUACGAGAACAAUGGUUAAAGAAGAUAGCACCGGUGCAGAGGAACUGCAGGCACAGUCAAAGAAAGCCGUCAAGAAACAGCAGAAGGAAGCUGAGAAAGCCGCUAAGAAAGCUGAAAAGCAAGCCAAGUUGGCAGCCGAGCAUCAAAGCCCUGAUGAAGAGGACUUUGCAAAGGAUAGAUAUGGACUGUCUCCACUGGUUCAGUCACAGCAAAAACUAGACCGGCUGCUGCUACGUGUGCAGGAUCUGACUCCAGAGAAGGCUGACCAGCUGCUGUGGCUUCGUGCCAGGAUUCACACCAGCAGAGCUAAAGGAAAGCAGUGUUUUCUGGUUCUGCGUCAGCAGCAGUUUAACAUUCAAGCCCUGGUGGCUGUGGGAGAUCGUGUAAGCAAGCAGAUGGUGAAGUUCGCUGCCAACAUCAACAAAGAAAGCAUAGUUGAUGUGGAGGGAGUUCUUCGGAAGGUGGAUCAGAAGAUUGAAAGCUGUUCCCAGCAGGAUGUGGAGCUGCAUGUUGAAAGGAUCUUUGUGAUCAGCCUGGCUGAGCCUCGCCUGCCCCUGCAGCUGGAGGAUGCUGUCCGCCCAGAGGGGGAGGGAGAUGAGGAAGGAAGAGCCACUGUGAAUCAGGAUACCCGACUGGACAACAGAGUUAUUGACCUCAGGACAACAACCAGCCAGGCCAUCUUCCGCUUACAGUCAGGAGUCUGCCAGCUCUUCAGGGAGACGCUCAUCAACAAGGAAUUUGUGGAAAUUCAGACUCCAAAAAUUAUUUCUGCUGCUAGUGAAGGAGGAGCCAAUGUGUUCACGGUCUCCUACUUUAAAACCAGCGCCUUCCUGGCCCAGUCGCCACAGCUCUACAAGCAGAUGUGCAUUGCUGCGGACUUUGAUAAAGUGUUCUGCAUUGGGCCUGUGUUUCGAGCAGAGGACUCCAACACACAUCGCCACCUCACUGAGUUUGUAGGCCUGGAUAUUGAAAUGGCUUUUAACUACCAUUAUCAUGAGGUGGUGGACCAAAUUGCAGCAACUUUGGUUCAGAUUUUCAAAGGACUGAGAGACAGAUUCCAGACGGAGAUUCAGACAGUGAACAAACAGUAUCCGAGUGAGCCCUUCAAGUUCUUGGAACCCACCCUCAGGCUGGAAUACAAGGAGGGUGUGGCCAUGCUCAAGGAAGCUGGGGUGGAGAUGGGAGAUGAGGAUGAUCUCAGUACACCUAAUGAGAAACUUCUUGGCCGUCUAGUAAAGGAAAAGUAUGACACUGAUUUCUACAUCCUUGACAAGUAUCCUCUGGCUGUGAGACCCUUCUACACCAUGCCAGACCCCAGCAAUCCUAAAUACUCAAAUUCGUAUGACAUGUUUAUGAGAGGAGAGGAGAUUUUGUCUGGUGCUCAGCGAAUCCAUGAUCCCCAGCUGCUGUCAGAAAGAGCCCUGCAUCACAACAUUGACCUUGAAAAAAUCAAGUCCUACAUCGACUCUUUCAGAUUUGGAGCACCUCCCCAUGCAGGUGGUGGUAUAGGUUUGGAGCGAGUCGUUAUGCUGUAUCUGGGACUACACAACAUUCGCCAGACCUCUAUGUUCCCACGUGACCCCAAGAGGUUGACUCCUUAAGGACAUGUGCUGACAGGACAUUCACUCCAUCAAUUUGCCUUGGAAUCAAGCUGAUCAAAUGCAAUAGGCUGUAAAUGUAAUAAACAGAAGUGCCACAAACAUUUAACAAAUAAAGCAGUUUUUGUAUGAAGGAAAUAACAUGUUAGCAAAUAAAGUUAACAUAACAAUAAAGGGUUUUAGUAAUAUUAUUUUAUAAUGAUAAACAGUCAAUCAUACACUACAAUGUGUAGUUUACUUGUGCAAACUGGAUACAUUGGCAACAGGUUAUAAUUAACAGCAGCAGUGAAUUGAAUUAGGGUGUGUCCUUUUAAAACAAGAAUACAUUGCUUGUAAAGCUUUAUAACUGCAAUAAAGUUUGUAAAUCCAAUGAAA